AGGAAGCUAAACCGAUGAAGAGGGUCUGGUUGGCAUUACUUGAUUAAAUCUUGAUUUUAUCAAUUGAUUACCGCCGGUUAUUACUUCGUAAAAUAUCUCAGUGAUUAGAAAACAUUUUGUUAUAUAAACUACGUGCACAGCUUGGACGAACUGCCGUUGUCAGGCAGGAAUCAUCUAAAAUAAGUUGUACGACUGUUUUUCCAGUGGAGACAUCCAGUGAAUGUGAGACUACAAGAGAGAAACAAUGAUGGUGUUUGAACUGCCAGCUCAUUAAGUUCUCCGAGAGAAGACAUCUGAUGAAAAAUUACUCCGUUACAGAUUCCGGCAUGGAAGACAAGGCAAAUGGCUCUGUUGACACCAAAAGCCCAGUGGAGAACGGUCAGAUGCCGGACCCUGCCAACUGGGGGGUCUCUGAUGUCGUCAAUUAUUUCAAAGCAACAGGGUUCGAGGAGCAAGCCACAGCUUUCCAAGAUCAGGAAAUCGAUGGCAAGUCGCUGCUCCUGAUGACGCGUAACGAUGUCCUGACGGGCCUGUCGAUAAAGCUCGGCCCUGCACUGAAGAUCUAUGAGUAUCACGUGAAACCGCUGCAGACCCAGCACCUGAAGAGCAACGCCUCGUAGCACCACAGGCCGUCCCAACACACACCUCAGUGACAAUCAUCGUGUCAGGAGACCCCAGGUUAGCUACCGCUUCACAAAGACUCCUCUCGCCACAUUGGCACCUUAACAGAAUUUGAAUGCUGUAUGUUUUUAUAAGCAUGGACCCCAAAAAUGGGUUGCACCUGGAGUCCACUCAGCUGUUUACCCUUUCAGCCAUUCUUAUUUCUGCUGCUUGAGAUAUGUAUUUUAUUUUUUGUGUGUGUCUUUUAUUUAAAAGAAGGAAAUAUAGAGAGGGAACACUCUGCAGGUAUGAUUUUUGUGUGCGUGUGUGUAUGUGUUAGUGUGUGUGUGCAAAGUGAAUUAACGUAUGUUGGUUUAAAAAAAAAAGUAUUUGUAUAUAAGAUGAUAUAUAGGUGAAAACUGUGUGUGUUCUGUCAUACCUGAACACUUUGAUACAUGCAGAAAAUUAUUCAGAUUCAUACCAUUCUGCCCUAAAAUCAUUUCUUUUAUGUUCUAAACUGCGCAGCUGAAUCCAUUAGUCGUCCUUAGCAUGUAACAAUGAAGCAUUUUGUUUUCCCAGACACAAGGAGCCAACCUAAAACCUCUUUGUUCCCGCACACCUACAUUGUCUAGGCUUGAGGCUCUUAAUAUGAAAAUAUUUAUGUGUAUAUAUUCUUAAUAUGUUCCUACCUGUGGUGCUUUCAGCAUUGUCGCACAGACAACUGUAUUGAAUUGUGUAUGACCAAUGUAUAUGUGCAACAUAACACUGGAGUUUGAAUAUCAGAAUCAAGGAUUUGCAAUAAAUGGUGCUCUUUUCUCACCAAAGAACAA